AGGUUGUUUUUGCUUUUUGUUGACUUUUUGUUAUUCUAAGGUUAUGUUAUGUCACAUAACUUAUGUGCUAUGUGUUGAAUUUCGUUUGUUAUUUUACAGACUGAUAAAAUCAUAUAAUUUUUCUAUCUUACGUAAUCAGAAUUCAAAAUAUAAAGCUUAAUAUGGCUGGUGAAAAUUCCAUCGACGAUGAUGGAUCAAAAAAUCUUAAUAUAGAUGGUUAUAGAAAAUUAAUUCGCACAUACAUUGAUCUUCACUUGUACAACUCGGCUCUAUUCUGGGCUGAUAAGGUGGUGAGUUUAAGUGGUGAUGAUCCCAGCGACAUCUAUUGGUUGGCGCACUGCAUGUUUCUCAUGAAACAAUAUCAUCGUGCCUCGUUGCUCAUCAAAAAUAAAGGACUUCAUAAGACGAAUAAACUUUGCCAAUACCUAGCCGGUCGCUGCCUUCUGGAAGCGAAAGAGCUGAGCGAAGCGUUGGCCAUUGUGUCAGGAGGUGACGCCAACAACACCAGUUUCAGUGUGCCCGCUGUCAGCAGUCCUGUUGAUGAGUCCUUCAAUAUGGAGGGAACUUCCAUUCUUGGAUACAAUCUACAAAGCGCCCUGCUCUACUUGAAAGGGCAGAUCUACGAGGCGUCGGACAAACGAGGUCUGGCCUGCGACUGCUACAAGCAAGCACUGCAUGAGGACGUGCACUGCUACAAUGCCUUCGAAGCGCUUGUCAAGCAUCAGAUGCUCUCUGCUUCUGAAGAAAAAGAGUUGCUGGACUCGCUACCUCGCGGAGAAGACGACAAGAUAGUGACGUACAUCUAUGAAAGCCUGCUGAACAAAUACCAGGCCGUGCCUGAGGCGCCGCCUGCCAGCACCCUGCACCAGUGCCUCGAGGACAACCUCGACAUGACCGUCGCAAAGGCCGAGCGUUUCUUCUACGCUUGCUCCUACAAACAGUGCAUCAGAAUUACUGAAGAAGUACUGAAAAAGGAUCCUUACCACACAUCAUGCUUACCAAUUCAUAUAAGCUGUUUAGUUGAAUUGAAAAAGACCAAUAAACUCUUCUACCUUGCCCAUGAUCUUGUCGACUUACAACCAGAAAGUGCAGUCAGUUGGUUCGCUGUAGGUUGCUAUUAUUAUCUUAUAGGUAAGAGCGAUCCAGCCAGGAGGUAUCUGGGAAAAGCGACUUCGCUGGACAGGCUAUUCGGGCCGGCGUGGCUCGCCUACGGUCACUCCUUCGCCUCUGAAAAUGAGCACGAUCAAGCCAUGGCGGCUUACUUCAAGGCAUCGCAGUUGAUGAAAGGAUGUCACCUGCCUCUCCUCUACAUAGGUUUAGAAUGUGGUCUUACAAACAAUAUUGAUCUCGCUGAAAAGUUCUUCUCUCAGGCGCAAAAUAUUGCUCCUAAUGAUCCGUUUGUUAUCCACGAAAAAGGCGUUGUUGCUUUCCAAAAUCGAAGAUACCAUGAAGCUGAGUCAUUAUUCAAAUCGGCUCUAGAUAAAGUGCUUGAUAUCAGCGAUCAUAAAAAGAAGAUUGCUGAAAAAUGGGAACCACUGUUGAAUAAUUUGGGGCACACUUCCCGCAAACUACACAAAUACAGUGAAGCUCUCGGCUAUCAUCAACAAGCGCUGCUGCUGGCUCCCCUGAACCCGUCGACGCUGUCCUGCAUUGGGUUCGUGCAGGCGCUGCUCGGCAGGAACGCGGAGGCGGUGGAGACCUUCCACAAGGCCCUGGGUCAGCGGCGCGACAACUCCUUCAGCACCACCAUGCUCAACUAUGUCAUGGAGCAGCUCAUGGAGGAGACGCCGCCGUUUGCAGGCGCUGAUUCACAAGAACACCUAGAUAUCCUUAACACGGUUGGCACGUCAAAAAUGUUCAAAAUCAAAAUGGAGGACGAACAGUCGGGGAGUGCGGCCGGAAGUCCGUGGCUGGGCGACGAGACGCCGGUAGCGAACCGCACGACACCCAGCACCUUCGUGUCGCCAUCACCCGGACAGAGUCGCUCCAUCGACGAGGUCGAGAUGCAGGACAGCUUCCAAGACGAGAAUACGUCCUAGUGCGCUAAUUACUGGACUCUUGUGCUCUUCAAAUAAUCACAAAACUACCACACUCUGGUUCCUUAUUUUGUACAGAUGUUUUAUUUCCCCCGUAAAUCUGUUGGAAGAUUCAAGAUGAGAAUAUUCUGUAGUACAAAAAUAAGUGAAGGAGUUUUUAAGACUAGAAUACGUCCUAGUGCGGUAAUAACUGGACUCUUGUGCUUUUCUAAUAUUCACAAAAAAUACCACACUCUUGUUCCAUAUUUUGUACAGAUCAUUUCAUUUAUCCGGUGAAUCGGAUGGAAGAUUCUAAAUGGAGUAUUCUGUAGUGCAGAAAUAAGUGAAGGAGUUUUCAAGACUAGAAUACGUCCUAGUGCGGUAAUAACUGGUCUACUCUGCUCUAGAACUGUCCGCUCAAAUGGUUCUGGUACCUUAUUUCUGUACAAAAUGUUUACUUGUAACGAAUAAUUUGACGGAAGAUUUCAAGAUGAGAAUAAGUCCUAGUGCGGAAAUAACUGGAUUAACUCACUCUAGAAAUACUGUUUACAAAUAGUACCGGACUGUUCCUGUUUGUUUAGUUUCAUACAAAUUGUUUACUGCUUUACUCUAGAACUUGAACAGUAGAACUAUUCAUGAAAGUAUUGGACUGUUUCGGUUUCAACUGUUUCUUUUUGUUCGUUUGUUCCGACGAAAAAAAUUGAAUAGUUUUAAAAAUUGAAGUGCAUCUAAGGGCGCGACGAGUAACUUGACUGUUCUGCUCUAGAACUAUUCACAAAUUGUAGUAUAUGGUUCUGGCUGCUUAUUUGUACAAAUUGUUUACUUGUAACUAUUAGUUCGAUGGAAGAAAUCAGAACAAAUCGAAUACUGUUUCAGUUUAUUAUAUUCUAAUACUAUUCGCUAAUAGUAACAGACUGGUUCUGUAGUUUUGUACACAUUGUUUAACUCUCCAAUAAAAGCAGUGGAAAAAAAUGCAUGUCCUUAUCAAGGAUAAAACGUUUACUCAAUCCUUAAUUUUGGAAUUGAGAAAUGCUUCAAUAUUUUAAAUUUGCAAAUACUGUAUUUUCAAUUUUGUGGGGAAAAUCAAAACAUUGUGAAAGAGCGAAUAAAUGUGACGAGACAUUAACACAUUAAAGAUACGAACGUCCAUUGAUUUCUAUGUGUUGAAACUCAUUCAAAGAUUUAAAGCUGGUCAACAAUUAAAUAACUUGAACGAAAAUUGAAUGUAAAUAUAUGUUUACAUACGUAUGCGUACCUGUACAAAGGAUUAUUUUCGAAAUUGAGAAAAAAACACACGUAUUUGGAAGAUUUGAUUUCGUGAUUCAUCUGGGUUCAAGGUCUGUAUACUUCAAGAAAUACAGUACUUUUUCAAAAUAGCUUUUACCUUAUUUUAUUUAUUUAUUUAUUAUUCCAGAAGUUAUCACAACCAUAAAUUUUAAUAUUUUGGUAAACAUUGAUUUACUUGUUUCAAUUAUAAUGCUAACCAUUUAUAAUUAAUUUUGUAUUACUUGAAUUAAAUAAUAGUUGCUCUGUUCUUUUUUGCUUUAAAAUUUCCCUGCUCGACUGAGUUCUAAAAUAUUGUAAAAACUGAGAGUAUCAUCUUUUUGAUCAUAAAAAGUUAUGUCAAGUAGUUGUGACAAGCAUAGCUGUUAUCAUUUUCCAUAAGUAAAGCAUAUUAUUUCUACUGUAUAUACAAUACUGUAUAAACAAUAUUUAUUUUUUUCAUCGAGUUAUUGUAAUCUUCGUCAAAAGAAAGGAAGUGCAAUGUGCAUGAUUGUUCAGUCAAUUAUUCAAAAAUGUUAAUAGUUAAUGUUCAAUACAGAUGAGUCAAAAUCA